AUGAGCUCCAUCGCCAGAACCCCACCCCCUAAACGACUUAGCCAGCCCCUGACAGAGACUUUACACGACACCCGCCACGACAGAACAAUGGUUUUGGACAACAGCAACGACAAGCAAAAGCCAAAAGAAAAUGGCCCGCAGGGUCUGGUGCAGAGGCAAGUGGUGCGGUUCUCCCUCUCCCCCCCAGCACACCACAAGUCACAAGACAAGCAGGUACCAACAAGAGCACAAACCGUGGUAAAAAGCAAUGAAUCUGUAAAGCCGAGGAUGGAAAGGAAGGCCGCGUCAGGCCCGACAACAAAAAAGGAGGGAAGAGCAGAGGAAGGAAAAGCGGAAAAGGAGAACGUAAUGGGACUGCUCGACAGGAUAGACAAGUUAAUUGACGACUCCCGAAAUCUACGAGGGGACAUAAAGGAAGGUAUAAAGAAAGCAAUUAAAUCCCUACGACUGAUGGCAAGAGAAAUAAAGGAAGGAAAUAAACAAGAGAAUAGAGAAGCACAAACACAAACAGAAGGAGAAAUAGCAGAAGAAGAAAAAGAAAUAGAAGAGAAAGAGAAGGAUACAAAACUAACAGGGGACCUAAUGAAGGAGCUGAGGGUCCAGAGGAAGAUAAUAGAAAAAGAAUUUAAGGAAUUAAAAAAGGAACUACCAAAAAUGACAGCGAUGAUAGAGGAAUUUAAAAGGGAAGAUGAAGCAACGAAAAAGGAGCUAAGAGAAGCUUUGGAACAAGGAAAUAAAGCGAUAACCGAACUUAAAACAUACGCCAGCGUAGCAGCGACAACAGUAAAAACGGGAGAAAGAGGAAGCAAGAUGAUUGAACAUCAAACGGCAAAGUACGCCAUAACAGUCGCAUCGGAAGGGAAGGAAACAAGCGGAGAGGUACUAGAGGAAAUAAGGAAGACAGUAGAUGCAAAGAAAACAGGCCUCAGAGUAGACAGGAUUAGAAAAAUAAAGGACCAAAGGGUAAUAGUAGGAUGUGAAAGUAGGGAAGAAUUGGAAAGAGUAAAGGAGAAAUUAAAGAAAAAUAACAAACUAAGGGCCAACCACAAUGCCUUCGAACAAGAAUGCCCCGUAAGAAAGAAGUGGGACAGGCUAGCGAGGGCAGCAGUGGCUUACUGCUAA